ACCGCGGCAACUGUUGCGUAAACAAAUAGACAGGGAAGGGAACACUUCUGGAGAAACCACUGACGAUACUCUCUUGUAUUUUAAUUUAACGACUCAAUAUAUGUGUUAUUUUCACCGAUAUUUCCUAGGAGAUCUUUCUAAUUUCAUUCGUGAUGGAUGGGGACGCUGAUGAAAUAAAGGAGCAUCUGAGGCUUCAGUUUCAAACUCUGCAAGAGCAACAAGUGCAGCGCAUCCAGAGGAGGCAGGAGAUGAAAAAGACAGAUGGGGAAAAACAGACAGACGCCAUCGCUCUUCCUCUCAGCAGCAGUCUGGACGAUAUCCACUUCACAGAAGAGGACGAUAAAGUGAUGGAUCUGUUCAAUGCAAGAAUGAUCCAGAAUGAGAAUGAGCAGCUGCUCGAUCAUGUGCGGGAGCUGAGAGAUGAGAACGGCAGACUUCAUAAACUGCUGAGUGAGAAAGACUUUGAGAUAAAACACCUGAAGAAGAAGAGAGAAGAGGACAGGUUGGCUCUAGCAGGUACUGCUGGUCUGGCAGGAGAUGCGGCUGCAACCAAAAUUGUGGAGCUGUCAAAAAAGACUCGAGAUUUAGCUUCUGAAGUAGAACGAGAGAAAACCAAAACCAAACAAGCCAACAAUCGAGUUCGAGAACUGGAGAAAGAGCUUCAGGCCAUGUUGUUACUAAAUCCCGGAAAGACGACAAACAAGAAGCAAGCUUCAAAGAUUGUGGAUGACCAUCCUGAAAACAACCCAGUAGUCAAAUCACUACAGGAGAAACUAUCUGUAGCCCAGCUCAAAAUGGCUGAAUACCGCAACCAGAUCCAGACAUUCAAACAAGAAUUAAAAAUUGCUCACAAGGUGUUGAGCUGCGAGGUCGGUGAGGACGUCAGUAUUCAGCAGAUUCUGUGUAACCCAGGAGGCUGGAGAGGGCGAUCGCAGCAGAUCCUCGCCCUGCAGAACCGAGUGCGAGACCUGGAACAGCAGCUGAGCCAAUCGUCUCACAGAAAACCGCUGAAUGAGUUUGGUCUUGAGGAUGAGAUGAUGAGAACUGGAGGUCCAAUGAAGACACAAGACAGAAAUCUGAGCCACAUCCGGCACAUAGAGAAGGAGAAGAAGGAGACGCUGGAGAAGCUCACUGUGGAGUAUGAAGUUCUGCUUGAAGAGCACACGGACGUGAAGAAGAAGCUGGAGGGCUCCAAAGCCAGGAAUAAAGUGCUGAGCACAGAAAUCAAAGCCCUGAAGAGUCAGAUCGGCACUCUACUGGAUAAAGGCAAACACGAUGAUGAGCUGGUCGAUGCCUUACUGAAGCAGCAGACGCAGUGGCAGGUCAUGCUGGGUCGGUUGAGUCUGAAAGGGUCUCAGCGUGAGGAGAGUCAGCAGGGCCUGGAGACUCAUCUGCACAGCGAGGUCCAGCAGCACUCGUCCCUCAUCCAGCAGCUCAAACUCAUGGUGGCAGAGAAGGAGAACAAGGUCAAAGAGCUGGAGCAGGAGAUCCGGCAGCUCGCCCUCACGAAGCAAUCAGAGAGCAAGAGUCUACAAAACAGCAGGUCUUUGACAUCACAACAGGAGAAGAGUAGAGAAGCAAACCCUGCCAGAGAUGCACUAGUGGCCUGUCCAGAGUGUGCUGUUAAAGUCCCCUCGCUCCAGGCGCAGUGUGCAGAGUAUAAAACCCUUUACCAAAGCGCAAGUGUGGAGAGAGACAGACUGCUGGAGCUGACCAAAGUGCAGCACGCCAGGGAAGAGGAGGCCAAGCGUCAGUGUGCAGAAGCGGAGCAGAAACUGCGUCAGGAAUGGCAGCGUUCAGUCUCACUGGAGCAGCAGCUGGAGAAAGCCAAACUGGACGCCAAAAAAGAAGCAAGCCUGCAAACAUCUCAUCGCAGCAGAACGGGAAGCUCAGGCAGUAUUCUGAGUCUCCCGGAGAGACUGGAGGGAUUGUCUCCCAGAAGCCCCUCUGAUAUUAGCCGUGACGCUCAGCUUAGUGAACUCAAAGCACAGCUGGCACUGCAGCUCGAAGAAAACGAAACCUUGAGAACGACUCUAAGGAACACCUUGAAGGAAAAGAAAGAAGUCUUGCAGUUCUACAAGGACAUGAUGACCGAAGCCAAACAGGGCUUCCAGCAGGCCCGCAGAAAGCAGGAGCAGGGGAGUCCGGGAUGAAGACCACUCUUUACAGGCAAACAGAGAUCAGUCAAGGACAAAACCGCUGCUAACAGAUGCUGCCAUGUGUGCUGCACACACACACUCACAUAAAUACACAAAAGUACUGUAGUAACAUUUAUAUUUUUGUGAGUGUUGAACGUCUCUUAUCUGAAAUCUAAUUUCAAACACAAGUUCGUUUUAUUCCUUCAAUGUAAACAAGGCAUAUCCCCCCCCCCCCCCCCCCCAUCAUUUCCAAUCCUGCAUGAUAUUUUUGUCUUGUGGUACUUGCAGCCGUAACAGCCUUCGGGCCUGCCAGUGUCCCUCCGGGUUCUGGGAAGAUGAAAUAGUGCGCUGUUUCAGGAGCAACACACUGCUUCAGCCACAGGUUUAAAUUAAGCGUGCUGGAGCCUCAAAACCCCCUCCGGCCACAUAGGAAAGAGAAUAACUCAUGUAUGGCAGCAUGAAUGCGGACGCUGAUACGGUCAGUGUAAACAAGACCAGACACACGCUAAAGUGAGAGUCUUCACACACACACACAUGCGUAUGCAGUUGUGGACAAAGUGUUUCACACCUGGGGAGCUUACUUUGGUUUAGCUUUUCAUUUUGGUUUCGCACCACGACGCACACAAAUCAAAUAUUAAUGAGCAAAUGUGCGUCAGAAAAAGAAGGCAGGGAACUUUGUUUCCACUUUAGAGUGCCAAAAGGGGAGAGAGAGAGAAAAUAUGUUGGUUUAUCUUUAUAAUUUCUUAAAAACAUUCCGACAGGAUCUUAUUAUUGGUUCUCCAACAAAAAGUAUAGCGCUGAUGAAACACAAUCGUCUUUUCCUUCAUCUCUCAUGACCUCACAAUAUCAGAUGUAUUGAAGAGAGCGAGUUGAAGUGUUAUGAAACAAGCUGUGUGUUUGUAUAUUUUUGGUGGGCACUAAAACCUGAAUGCACACAGACUCAUGGGGACUAAAAUUGAGGUCCCCAAGGGUAAACAUGCUUAUAAAUCACACAGAAUUAUGUUUUUUGUAUAUUGUAAAUAGGCAGAUUGUUUCCUGUGAAGCUUGGUUUAGGAGUAGGUCAAAGAACAGUGUGUGUGUGUGUGUACUGGUUUUAAUGGUUUACAGAUACAAAGAUAUGUAUAAUGACUUGUGUAUGGCCUAAUACAGUGGUUUAUGGGGACAUGCCUUGUGUCCUCAUAAUUCAAAUCACUUCAGGUAGACUUUUGACGUUAAAAUUUGCGACAAGUUUUGACAAGUUUCAGGGUAGGAUUAGGGUAAGGCCAUAUUUAUGCAUUUUUUAACAGUAUAAUAUACAUUAUACCUAUGGAGAGUCCCCGUAAACCACCAAAAUCAAAGUGUGUGUGUGCACUGUAAACAAAUCUUACUGCCUUAAAUUGUUUAGUUGAAUCAGAUGAAUUUUUCUAGUCAUCUCAACCUACAAUAUUAAAGCUGAAUAAAAUAUUAAUUAAACCUUAACAUAAAUAACAAUUAAUCUAUUCAAAUAGGUUAAUAAAAUAAAAAUUAAAUUUCCUAAAAACAUUCAGACAGGAUCUCAUUAUUGGUUCUUCAACAAAAAGUGUAGAACCGAUGAAACACAAAGUCUUUUUCUCUCAUGACCGGACAUUGUCAGAUGUAUUUGUACUUGUUGUACCAGUAGGCACUAAAACCUGAAUGCACACAAACUUAUGAGGACUAAAAUUGAGGUCAACACGCUUAUAAAUCACACAGAAAUAUAAUUUUUUGAUAUUGUAAAUAUGCAGAUUGUUUCCUGUGAAGCUCGGUUUAGGAGUAGGACGAAGAAGUGUGUGUGUGUGUGUGUGUACUGGUUUUAAUGGUUUACAGGUACAAAGAUAUGCAUAAUGACUUGUGUAUGGCCUAUUACAGUGGUUUAUGAGGACAUACCUUGUGUCCUCAUAAUUAAAAUCACUUCAAAGUUU